AUGACUCCCUGGAAAGACCAGACCUCGCACGCAAACAAUGAAGUCGAGGUCGAGUCCUCGCCGGGGACUGGGACUUCGCAUGCCCACGACCCCUUGCAUGCGCCGCUGCAGCGCAAGCUGCAGUCGCGCCACCUGCAGAUGAUUGCGAUCGGGGGCAUCAUCGGACCGGGGCUACUCGUGGGCUCCGGCAAGGCCUUCCAGGAAGGCGGGCCCGCAGGCGUGCUGAUAAGCUUUUCGCUGGUCGGGAUUGUUGUUUAUUUCGUUAUGCAAGCCCUAGGCGAAAUGGCCACUGCGAUCCCCGUCACGGGCUCCUUCACCGAGUACGCCGGGCGCUUUGUCGACGACUCGCUUGCGUUUGGGCUAGGGUGGGCCUAUUGGUAUCUCUGGAUUACGGUCCUCGCAAACGAAUACAACGCCGUGUCGCUGGUCAUAAUGUACUGGACGGACGCCGUGCCGCAAUGGGCCUGGAUUCUGAUCUUCUGGUUUCUGUUCCUGGGCCUGGCGAAUUUCGGGGUGCGCGAGUAUGGCGAGAUGGAGUUUUGGCUGUCGUUAAUCAAAGUCCUCGCCCUGAUUGUAUUCUUCAUUCUCGCAAUCUGCAUCAGUACCGGCGGUAUUGGCGGCCGGACGAUCGGGUUCAAGUACUGGCAUGAUCCUGGGGCGUUUGCAGACUCGAUUAACGGCGUUGCGAAGACGUUUGUUGUUGCCGGGACGCUGUAUGCUGGGACAGAGAUGGUCGGCAUCACAGCUGGAGAGUCUAGCAACCCGCAAAAGGCCGUCCCAAUCGCCAUCAAGCAGGUCUUCUGGCGUAUCCUGGUCUUCUACAUCGGAACAAUGUUCUUCAUUGGCAUCCUGAUGCCCUACACCGACAGCCGCCUCAUAGGUGACAGCUCCUCCAGCGCCAGCUCCCCAUUAACAAUCGCCCUCUCCGACGCCGGAAUCCUGCCCGCCGCACACCUCAUCAACGGCCUGAUCGUGAUCAGCGUCAUCUCCGCCGGAAUCGGGUCCCUGUACGCCUCGUCACGCACAAUCCUCUUCAUGGCACGCACAGGGAAAGCACCCAAGAUCCUAGGCCGCACAAACGCGCGCGGCGUGCCCUGGGCCGCCAUCGUGUUCUCGAAUAUCUUCACCUGCAUCGUCUUCCUCACCGUCGGGAAUGAGGCGGGCAAGGUCUAUAAUGCGCUUAUCACGCUUUCGGGGGUCUCGACAUUCCUCGUCUGGAGCACCAUCUGCGUAGCACACAUCCGGUUCCGGCUCGCCCUGACCGCGCAGGGACAAUCGCCCUCAGCGCUCCCCUUCCGUGCAGCGCUGUACCCCUGGGGCACGUAUUUUGCCCUUGCCCUGACCGUCUUCCUGGUGUUUUUCCAGGGCUACACGGCGUUCUUGAAUCCGUUUAGCGCGGACGAUUUCGUGGUGAAUUAUAUCCUCCUCCCUGUUUUUGCGCUGUUUGUGGGGGGGUGGAAGCUUUGGCAUCGCACAAGGAUUGUGUCCCUGGCGGAGAUGGAUAUUUGGACGGGGAGGAGGGAGAGGGAAGUCGAUGAGCAGGAGAGUGGGAAGGGGUGGAAGAGUGGUAGAGGGUGGAGGGGGAAGGUUUAUAGGGGCGUUGUUGGGUGA